CUCCACGCAAUGAACGAGAGACAGAGGAAGAGAGCAGUUCUGGCCCUUGGUAGACUAGACCUCUUCUAACUGUGCGUCCUUCGUCUACUAGCCUACUGCACAAUAAAUAACUCUAGACUCAGGGACAAAGAGGACAUAGCUACUGACCGGUCGACUGCUGCAUGGAGGCAUCUGGGCAGUGCGUGCAGGAAUACAGCUCCAGCUCAAUCGGACCUCUCAAAUGUUCUAGGACGAAUAGAGAAGAGGAGAGCGGGAGCGCAGCGGAUGAAAGGAAAGGAAAUAUUUACUACGUUGACUCACCGCAGUUACUCCGCUCUGGGGAAGAGAGGAGAAUGGAGGAAUGAGGAGAAGAGACGGUUAAAGUGUGUUAUGUCAGGGGUGCUGCUGAUGGAGUUCUAAAUGAUGGAUACGUGUUGUCAUCUAUUCUAUGAAAUACAGCGACGGGUAGAGAGAGAGAGCUUUGCUGGGUGAUAAUAUUCCUCUGACAAAGACAUCUGCCGUUAGGCUACCCUUCUGACCGCAAUAAUAGCCCAGGCUGCAAAGAGACCUCGGCAUAGGCUUCCUGAUCUAACGAGGAACCGAGUCGGUGUGACAUUAGGGACAAAGACCAGAAGAAGGAACUUCCCCGGUUUCUCAGCUACAGGUCAACAACGGAUCACAUCGGCUUUCCUCCCUCCCUGAAACACUCAAAACCGGAAUUAAGAUUCAACGGCUGUUGACACGCGCGCUUUGCGGACGGUUCAACCAAAGACAGGUCUAAACGAGGAUCUGAAGACAUACUGGACAGAGGGACAUGUAUCUAACAUCGACCUCACAUGCACCCGACUAACAAACACACGAGCCACAGAAGAAAGCGAUAGAUAGCGGCUGCUCCCCUGCCACGCGCACGGCCGGUCAGACUCUCUCCUCCACUCGCUCUAUCUCCCGGUUGUGAGGAUGACUGGGGUCGCGUGCUUGAAGUGUUACCUCUGGAUCUUUAUCUUCGUAUUUAGGUCGACGUUACCUUCUGACGCCAAAUUACUGGAAACUAUAAUGUGGAGCACUCAGAAUGCCAAGUUCCUGUCAGGUAGAGGGGUGGUCAUCUACCCAGAUAUCGGGGACAAGCUGGACAUUAUCUGCCCCAAGGCUGAGCCAGGACGAGACUAUGAGUUCUAUAAGCUGUACCUGGUCAGGAGAGAGCAGGCGGAGGGGUGCAGCACGGUCAUGGACCCCAACGUACUGGUCAACUGUAACAAGCCAGAGAAGGACAUCAAGUUCACCAUCAAGUUCCAGGAGUUUAGUCCCAACUAUAUGGGCCUGGAGUUUAAGAAGAACAUGAAUUACUACAUCACAUCCACGUCCAAUGGUUCAGUCGAAGGCCUGGAGAACAGAGAGGGAGGAGUCUGUAAGACCAGGGCCAUGAAAGUUGUCAUGAAGGUCGGACAAGACCCCAACACUGUUCUACCAGACCCUGUAUUACCAGAGGAACCAGAGAGAGAGAACGACAUCAGUCUGGGAGGAGACUUCAGUCCUAGCCCUGAGGACAACCUGCUGCCUGGGGCAGGAGAGCCAGGCAACACUGACUCUAUAAACCAGGACAACAGGUCAGGAGGCUCCAGCAGCAGUGACGGCAUCCUGGGGUCAAAGGUCGCUGUGUUCUCAGCCAUCGGAGCCGGCUGCAUCAUCUUCCUCCUCCUCAUCCUCUUCCUCAUCAUCCUGCUCAUCAAGAUGAGGAAGAGAUCCCGGAAGCACUCUCACGCUCAGCCCCACCCUUCUGCCCUGUCACUCAGCACGCUGUCCAAUCAGAACAAGCUGCCUGGCAGCGGGGGCACAGCCGGAACGGAACCCAGUGACAUCAUCAUCCCGCUGAGGACAGAGAAUAACUACUGCCCUCACUACGAGAAAGUGAGCUCUGACUACGGACAUCCUGUUUAUAUCGUACAGGAGAUGCCUCCGCAGAGCCCAGCAAACAUUUAUUAUAAAGUCUGAGAGAGGAGGAGAGAACAUUUAUUACCAGGUCUGAGAGAGGAGGAGAGGAGAGAACAUUUAUUACCAGGUCUGAGAGAGGAGGAGAGGAGAGAACAUUUAUUACCAGGUCUGAGAGAGGAGGAGAGGAGAGAACAUGUAUUACCAGGUCUGAGAGAGGAGGAGAGGAGAUAACAUUUAUUACCAGGUCUGAGAGAGGAGGAGAGGAGAGAACAUUUAUUACCAGGUCUGAGAGAGGAGGAGAGGAGAGAACAUGUAUUACCAGGUCUGAGAGAGGAGGAGAGGAGAUAACAUUUAUUACCAGGUCUGAGAGAGGAGGAGAGGAGAGAACAUGUAUUACCAGGUCUGAGAGAGGAGGAGAGGAGAUAACAUUUAUUACCAGGUCUGAGAGAGGAGGAGAGGAGAUAACAUUUAUUACCAGGUCUGAGAGAGGAGGAGAGGAGAGAACAUUUAUUACCAGGUCUGAGAGAGGAGGAGAGGAGAUAACAUUUAUUACCAGGUCUGAGAGAGGAGGAGAGGAGAGAACAUUUAUUACCAGGUCUGAGAGAGGAGGAGAGGAGAGAACAUUUAUUACCAGGUCUGAGAGAGGAGGAGAGGAGAUAACAUUUAUUACCAGGUCUGAGAGAGGAGGAGAGGAGAGAACAUUUAUUACCAGGUCUGAGAGAGGAGGAGAGGAGAGAACAUUUAUUACCAGGUCUGAGAGAGGAGGAGAGGAGAGAACAUUUAUUACCAGGUCUGAGAGAGGAGGAGAGGAGAUAACAUUUAUUACCAGGUCUGAGAGAGGAGGAGAGGAGAGAACAUUUAUUACCAGGUCUGAGAGAGGAGGAGAGGAGAGAACAUUUAUUACCAGGUCUGAGAGAGGAGGAGAGGAGAGAACAUUUAUUACCAGGUCUGAGAGAGGAGGAGAGGAGAUAACAUUUAUUACCAGGUCUGAGAGAGGAGGAGAGGAGAUAACAUUUAUUACCAGGUCUGAGAGAGGAGGAGCACCUAAAUGGAGAAAAGCAUAUGAACAUCCACUACAGUGUGAGUUGAAGAGAGAAGGAUAGGAGCGAUUGAACAUCUACAUACAGUGUGAGUUGAAGAGAGAAGGAUAGGAGCGUUUGAUUACUCUACAAGUGGACUAACGUAUUAUUUUAACCUGGGGACUUGGCUUUUAACAAGCCCAUGUUGUUCAACCACCUACUGACCUAAGGAGAAGACGCCUGACAGUGGACCAUGGACUGGUCCAGAGAAACUGGACUGACAGAAACUGUCCAAUACAUUUCAUCUUGUUGUUUGGCGCUGUAAGUGUGAUGUUUUAACCUCUGUCCUCCUGUCUUCUAACCUCCUGUCCUCUAUACUCCUGUUCUCUAUCCUCCUGUCCUCUAACGUCCUGUCCUCUAUCCUCCUGUCCUCUAUCCUCCUGUCCUCUAUCCUCCUGUCCUCUAUACUCCUGUCCUCUAUCCUCCUGUCCUCUAUACUCCUGUCCUCUAUUCUCCUGUCUUCUAACAUCCUGUCCUCUAUCCUCCUGUCCUCUAUCCUCCUGUCCUCUAUACUCCUGUCCUCUAUCCUCCUGUCCUCUAUCCUCCUGUCCUCUAUACUCCUGUUCUCUAUCCUCCUGUCCUCUAUUCUCCUGUCUUCUAACCUCCUGUCCUCUAUACUCCUGUUCCCUAUCCUCCUGUCCUCUAUCCUCCUGUCCUCUAUCCUCCUGUCCUCUAUCCUCCUGUCCUCUAUACUCCUGUUCUCUAUCCUCCUGUCCUCUAACAUCCUGUCCUCUAUCCUCCUGUCCUCUAUCCUCCUGUCCUCUAUACUCCUGUCCUCUAUCCUCCUGUCCUCUAUCCUCCUGUCCUCUAUCCUCCUGUCCUCUAUACUCCUGUCCUCUAUCCUCCUGUCCUCUAUC